UUUAAAAAAUAAUUCUAAUUUAAUUGUUAUAAGAUGUAUAUACUGAAUUGAUUAAUAAUUUUGAAUGAUGAUUUUUCCUGUAAAUCGAUAGGAAGGAAUACAAUAAACGAAAAUUAGCUAAGUUUAAACGAAAAAUAAUUUUCGGAUUUGCCACAAACUAACAUUUUUUCAAGUUCGAAUUAUUGAAGAAUAUUCGAGUUAUAAGUAAGUAAACGAAAGUUAUAUUCAUAUAUAAGGUUAAAUUUACAGAUUUAAAAAAUAUAUCUGUACAUAUACAUCAGACAAUAUAUGUGCGAUUUACAAAUAGUAUUGGCCUGGACGGCGUAGUGAGCAAAUUUAAAAUAGAUUUUUUUCCUAAAAUUGUUACAUUGUAUCUAUAAAAAAUACAUCUGAAAUUCCCUGUAACUCCGACCACUAACUAAACCAACCUUACCGCUCUUGAUUACACCUGGGUAGCACUGUGUUGAGUUGCUCUUUUGAGUUGUUGCCGGUCUCUGAGUUAAUGAGUCAUAACUCAUCACUCAUUUAUUAAAGCGAAUUAAAGCUUUACGGGGCCCGAGACUGGAAUUUUAUUAUCUAAAAAAACACCAGCUUAUGUUUUAUAAGUAAAGUUUUUCCAGCAACAGAACUGAGUUACGGCGCCGGUGCGUGGAGUUGGCACACCAAUCCAUUUGCGCAGCACAGUGCCAAGUGCCAACUCCUAGAAAUUCACUGAGGUACCCAGGUUUACUCUUGAUAACCAAUAUUUAGUAAUACCGGUGAUAUUAUUGUUUUCCAAAUUCCUAGAACAGAUGGGUUCCGUUUUCACCUCCGCCAUAAUAAAUGAAUACGUAAAAUGUGGAUCAGUAGGAAAAAGUUGAGGGAAGCAAAGUGACGAAGAGUUGGUUGUUAGAUGUUAUUUACAAAGGUUAUAGCUUUUAGAGAUGAACUUUCUUAAAACGAAAUUGAGCUACGAUUAAAUACACUCAACAAUGGUUUGAUGAAUUUGUUUAUGAAUGUUCAGUCAGCUUCCUCUCGUCCAAAAUAAUAACUGGCGGUUUAGAGAUAAAACGCCAAUUGUUCCCACCAAUUUGACAUUUAAAUUUUUUGCAGCAAAAUUGCCAGUUUUAACAACUCUUCUCUAUCUAGGUUCCACUAGCGAUACAAAAGAUUCAAUUACUUCAUGACAACUUAACCAAUUGCGAAUAGAACCACACAAAUGUCUAAUAUUUUCGGCAAAAAAAGUCCCACUUUGACGGAGGAAGACAUUAUUUGGAGCAGUACUGGAGCUGCUGUGAAAAAACUGUAAAACUAAUGUGAAAGAUGUGGGCUGAUGAUAAUCAAAUCAAAAAUUCAAUAUUUUCUAAAUCCCUUUCCUUGACUUGACUUAGCUGUAUUUACCCAGUAAAUCCUGCAAAGAAGUAUAAGUCUAACUUACAAAACGUGAAACAAAAAGUAUACCGUCUGAGGUGCGCAAAAUCAAUUAUUUUUUUAUUAUUUUUAUUAUUAUUAUUAUUAUUUUUGUUCUGCGAAACUGGAAAAGUAAUCCCUCUUCAGUGGCCUUGUAAUAAUUAAAUGUAUAUGAAGAAGAAAAUUUUAUCUGUGAUUAUUUCUCUGAAGAUCUUGUCUCUGAAGUAUAAGAAAUUGCAAUUUCCGCUGUGAAUGUGGUCACUAUUUGAACUGGAAAUUAUUUAUUUGCGAUAUGAACAUUAGAUUGACCAAACUAAUUUCACCAAAGUAUAUAAAUGUUUACUGAGAAUUGGCAGAGGUACAAAUAUUUUCGACUCGGGUAAAACAUACGGAGUAAUUGAGGCACUGAACCACGACUAUCUGCACUUUUGGCUGCAAAAGCGGAUUGUAUUAGAAAACCUGAAAAAUGUACAAUAACAUUCUUUUGGCAGCAAAUAUUGCACCUUUGCGACUUCUCUCGCAUUUUAAUAAUAAAAUAUAUAUUCAAAUAUAAUCGUGUUUUUACACAUCUUAUUGUUUUUUAUGGGAAAAUAUUAUCUACUAAAGCGAUGAUGAUAAUUUUGGGCCAAGUUCGGAUUGUUAAAAAACGCUCAACUUAGGUUUAGUUUAGGAAGAACGAAAAAUUUUGUAUCAUUAUUUACUUUUGGAUUACAAAUAAACUAAAAGGAAAAUUGGAGUGUGGUAUUUUAUUUAAAUAUUACGCUUCAAUUUUCUUAUUGUAGAAUAUACACUCGUAGAACGAGUUAAAUUUAACUAAAAUGCCGAAUAUUUUGCAUGAUAUAUAAAAGUAAGUUGUUGACUAGAUUUAGCUCUAAAUAUAAACAAAAGUUAAAACGACCAAACUAUUGUUAGAUACUGCAUCUUUCUUCGACUUUGUUAACUGCUUCAAAAUGGUAUUGCUUCCUCAGAAUAUUUCGUCUGGCUUAGAUUAGGGUCAAUAGGCGAUCUAGACUUUCAUAAAAUUCAAUGUAAUGGUCGAGGUGGAGUCGAGCCACAAAAAUGGGGAUGACCGUUGAAAUUAUCCGAAUAUUGUCAAACGGAUUCAAAUCAAAUCUAGCAAACUGCAUUUUCAAGACGAAACUAAUAACUUUAAAUCGAAUUUUAAAUGAAGUCCGUCCAAAUUCUCGAACUAUCUGAAAAACCAGAAUGUUUAUUUUAUUCUGCAUACACUUUUACGGCUUUCAACUGUUAAAUUAUUUAGUUUUGAUGGCAGUUUGGAAAAAUCGUUUUACAUUGAUACACUGGCAUCAGUCUUGCAUUAUGAGCAUAAACUUUUGAAAAUGCUCCAUAUUUUUAUGAACUGUAGUAUUGCUCCAACGCACUGUAGAAUAUGCACAUUUCGCUGUGAUUCCGAGCUGUUUAUUGUAUAUUAUAGAUAUGACUAGCAUAUAAACAAUCAUUUUUCAUCUUUUCUAUAUUGUAAAUCGAAUUAUACAUAUAUAAUCUGUUCUCAUCAAAUACGUUCUAAGAUUUUGUAUUUAAACCUAUUAAAUAUAGUCGAAUACAGGUUAUUAUAAUGUGCUUCCUAUAAUGAAUACAACAUUUAACUGCUAUCGCUUCUCAACUACUGAAUAAUUGAAACGUGCAAUGAAUACAUUUUAUACUCAAUAAAAAAUAAAAUACGAAAUCAUACUUUACAAAUCAAUUAAUACAGAUACAUUUUCUACUGUUUCAAAUUAUAAAAUGUAUUUAUUUUCAGCACAAAAACGUUUUAUAAAUAUUAAAUAUUUUAUAAAUUUAAAAAAAUAUAAAUAGUAUUGAGAGAAGCCCAGUUUCAAUUGUUGAGUAUUGUAAAUAUCUGGACUUUAUGGAUGUACCUCCUUACAAUGUCGUUGUUGACACUUUUGUAUAAGAGAACUAAACUAUACAGGUAUAACUAGUUGCGCUUAUUUUUGAUUACAUGAAAGUACUAGCUAAAGGCGCAUAUUGAAUAUUUGUGUUUGUACCGAGUGUCUGAAUGAUAAGCUGGUACAUUUGCGACUACAAGCGGCUUUCCACUAUUUCAGUUUUUUUUUUUCAAAUAAGUCUGAAACGAAAAUUCGUUUGAAAGAUCUGUAAACGCCAUUUUAUUAGCCUUGAUUGUUUUUUUUCCCAAUUAACAGUGUAUAGUUUAUAGUCCAGUCGAAGUAAUGAUUUACCUCGGAAUUCAAGAUAGCAAGCUGUAAACUCGUAUAAACCUUUAUCUUAACAUCCUAGAACUUGUCUCAAAAUACAUAUACGUAUGCAAUAAAAAGUACGGCAUUGCCUUUAAAAAAAAGUUAAUUUUGGUCUGUCACUUGAUUUUGAGACACCCUGUGUCGAUUGUUAUUAUCUUAUAUAUUAAUCAUUUUUCUAUAUUAUUCUUCUUAUUUCUAUCUAUUCUUCUUAUAAGUUUCAAAUUAAAUGUUAAAACGGGGUGGUCAAAGUUCAAUAACCAUAUAUUAUAAUUGGAUAUAAUUAUAAUUAUAUCCAAAAUGGUUUAAUGUGCAAAAAAAUUAAAGAAAGGAUGUAGAUAAUUUAAUCCACUUCAAUAUUCACAAUAAAUUUAAAUUCCGUAAAACUUUUGAAAAGUAGUAGAUUUUGAGACAAGUUUUAGGAUGCUAAAAUAAAGGUUUAUACGAGUUUACAGCUUGUUAUCUUGAAUUCCGAGAUUGUUACCCUAUUUUGACUAAUAUGACUGCACUAUUAUUGUUUUGGUUAAAACACAUCCAAUUGUCGGAGCCGUACAAUCAGAAUUAUUGUGAUUCUUCAAAGUGGAACCGUUAGCGCUUGUUUGAAAAUAAUAUGAAUUUGGGAAAAUUGAUAAGAGAAGAUGCGAUUUUUUCCCAUUCCAACAACAAUAGCCAGCACAGUCAUUAUUCUUCGAGUUUAUAUAGCUAUAUACAGGGUGUCCGUUUGAAUUCAGCUUUUAUUCUGAUUACGAUGAUGUAUCACAUGUUCAGGUUCAGUCUUGCUGUUUCUGUUUUUGCAUAGAGUGCUUUGGAAUAACACCCACUCUUUUGUUCAAUCAACAGAUUUUAGACAGUCGAGUUCCAAAACGGACACUCUGUAUAGUGGUGAGAUACAGCAGAUUAUUAUUUUGAGACCCGGUACAUUGCUCUCCUAUAAAUUUAUAAUCACUGAAUUCGUGAUAUUCCAGUGAGAACAAGACGUAUAAUAUCAAGCAUACUUAUAAUUAAUGUAGUUAUUACAGAAUUAUAUUUAUGUAUUUGGAAAACUUUUUCUCCGCUUAAUGUUUACAGUUUGCCUUAUAUAGACGAUUUUUUGUUCUGUAUUGACAUGAUUGGCUAGAAAGACGCAACACCUUGAUCAGUAGUUCGUUUGGAAUUUUUUCAGACACUGUUUUAAAGAGUGCAUUUCUUGUUAAGGCGUUUGGAAAAAAAGUAUUUUAAUUUAUAACGGUGAAAAAAUGAACGCAAACUAGAAUAGGUUAAUGCAUUUUACAGGUUGUAAAUAAUUUUUCUAUGCAAUUUCUGCGCUGCAAGUCCGAUUGAAUGAUUUCAGCUACUUUUAACUACAUAAUUAGUGAAGGCAGUAUUUGCAUCUACAGAGUGUACCACAAAAACAUACCCUAACUCUCAAAAUAUAAUUAAUCAAGUCAAAAUAAAAGGAAAAGUGUAGCCUAAAUCGAUUUAGAUAUGCAACCACUCUUUGCUUCAAGUGCUUAAAAUUUCGAAAAAUGCUUGUUUAUUUCUUCAUAGUACUGCAGAUUGUGCACCAUUGAUCGUAUAUUAGAAAUCAACGGAAUUUCUUGUCCUCUUUAGAAGCUCUUUUACUUCUUGAGUUUUUCUUAUUAUUUCUCAUUAUACUUCCCGCGAAAUUAUAAAUUGAAAAUCUGCAGUUCUCUUGGAUAUAAUUAUGUGUGUUCUCACACAAUAUUUGGAAAUGCUGAAAAGCUACUCGUUAGUUUCCCAGGCAGUAUUCUCAUAUAAGCUUCAACGUGCUUUACUUUAGCUGGCAAAGAAAAUAAAAAAACCAUAAAAUAUGUGCAAACUUAUAGCAGAGACAAGAUCAACAAUCAUCUCAUUUUCCGACUUUUGCGGUUAGAAAUAGUCCUUAGUAUAAAUUGAGCGAAAGCCAAAAAAGUGUGCUUAGUUUUUGAAAAGGAGCGUACAGUUUGAAGCUAUUGGGUCAAAAAUUGUCAGUAUUUACGCCACUGUUUCAGUUUGAACGAUCACGAUUUGUACUGCACUUUUGAGCGCACCGAGUACUAAUAUAACUGAUCUGAUUUCUGCUUAUAAAUUGUUUUUAUUGCACUAACGAAAACUCUAGCAAUCAUUAAAAAAAAACGUUUGUCGUUUGCACUUUUAGCUGCAAUAUAUUGAAAUGAAUUUAAUUUAGUAUUCUUAAAAUCGUAAUCUCUUGACGAUUUAAUGCAGCAACAUUUUGAAAUUGAAUAAACUGAGACUGCAAGAUGACCCGAUUUGAGGCAUUUACAGCAAUUUUUAAGCCUUGCAGUUUUAGUUCAAUAGAAAAUCAUGCGAAGCCACGCUGAGUGCUGCACAGAAACGUUAAUUUUACUUAUUUUUUGAUAAGCUGCUUUACUCCAGACUUUCCGGCGUUUGCAUCCUCCCGCUGAAGUAUUGAUUUUGAUCAUGUUUAUUUCAUUUUAUCGCCAGGUGGUCAAAACGUUCAGCUAAAUUGGAACAGGUUGACAAAAAAAUUAAAUUCUAGUUUGUUGAUGCUCAGGUUGAGAUUCUGAGUCCCAAAUGCUAAAAUUUCUAUCGUCUAAAUUUCUGAGAUUAGACCCUCAAAAUUCAAUAAUAUCGCGUUAACUGGCGCUUGCAAGGUGCGUUGAAGCCUAUGUGGAAAUUUGUCUUAAAGUUUGAGCAGGAAGCAGGCUUGUUUGUAUUUUUAAAACACCGAUACUGCCGAUAUAAAAAACGGUUUUUUUAGUUAAUUUUUAAGUUUAAUUAAAGUACAGUAAAAAAACGUUGGUGGGUUUUUCAUACAUAAAGUUGGUUGGUUCGUUUCUUGCAAAACCUAUGUCGAUGGUCGCAAGAAUUCGUAUUUUCCGUAAUCAAUUAUAUGUGUAAUCGCUUGCACUCUCUUGAAUCUUUAAGCCUAUUAUUUUGUCACAACGGGACGCAUUUAAUUUCAUCCUUUGUGAAAAGCUCUAGAGCCUAGAAUAAAUCCCUUUAGAUCUCUAGAUCGUUAUUUAAUUAAACCAACGCCCAUUUAUUAGAAGGGAUCUUUUUCUUAUUGUAGGUCAAAGAAACAUAUCAGAUCCUACAAACUGAUUGUUGUUAGUUUAUUGGCUAGCAGAAAAAAAAUCGAGAGAAACGCUGCAUAUCUGAUAUCAUAGUCUUUAUUAUCCGAAUUUUAAUAGAAAUUGGUUCUCUAAAGCUACGUAAAGUGAAUUCGGGGAGCGCAAAAUAUCGCAUUCUUUCACUGAAGAUUCGAUUCUAUAUGACGUGAAAAAGCAUUCAACUACGGGUGUUGAACUGAGUAUUUAGUUCGAAGAUAACUUUUGUAGAUUUUUAAGCGUUUUGGAAACAACUAACAACCGAACGACACUUUGAGCGCUAUUUCCAGAUGCUACAUUUUGAGGAUUGAUAAACUGGCAAAUUGUACAUGUGGAAAGAAAAUCACCAACUGACUUAUUUCACGGUUCCAAAUUUCCAAAAAGUUAAAAUUUGAGAUAAAAUUGAGUUCCGAGUUGAGACCCAACCCAGAACGAUUCGCCAAAAUUGCUUCCAAUUCUUAUAAGAGGACGAAAUACGCGGAGUAGAAAUGUCCAAAUUUAUUUACGGAAAGAGCUACAACAAAGCUGUUGAGAUUUUCAACAUUUCCUGUAGUAACUAAAAUCUACAGUUUUUAAGAAAGUUUAUCUUCGCAGUUUUAACACACAUCUAGAAGCAUGAACAUUUUCUGAUUCACAUAUCGCACUUGCUAUUUAAGAUGCGGUGAAAAACGCACAAAAUGCAAACGAGUGAUAAAAAACAUGUAAAAAUUGUUCGAACUUCAAAAACCUUUUAAUUCUAUUUUGGUGAGUUGCUGUAUAUUUUUAAAGCACCCAGGUCCUGUUUCAGCGUUUCAUUUAUUCUCGAGAGCCUUUUGCUUGUCGCAAUCAAUUUUUCGUCAAUCUCAGUUAAGGCUAGCUGUUUUCGAAAACUAAAAGAUAUUGUAUUGUUGAUUCUACAUGCUAUAAAUAUAUUAAAGUUUGUUGUCGAAAAUAGUUGUUUUGUUUUUAGUACGUUUCAGAAUUGCUUCAUCAUUAGUUUAGCGAAAAACCAACGACUUUUAAGUGGAUUUCAAAAUUACCGCCUUUUCAUAACUUUUCAUAACAAUUCAUAACCAACAACUGUCAAGUGUGUACUGUCAAAAUAUUACGUUACUUUCAAACUUUAUAUUUAUGGCUUAUUUUGAAGAUAGGGGUAUGUUUCUAGAACCGAACAACGUUUUAGACUUCUCAAAUAAAACCUCUGGAGAAAAUGGGAUAAACAAUUUAUGGACUGGAGAUUCCAUAACAUCUUGCAUCAGAAUAAUUUGUAUACUUCUACUGAGAGGCGGUUUUAUUUUGGUGCAAGUUGGAAGCAUUCCAGUUGAAAAUGCCUACAUGAUCAUAUUUAGGAACAUCAUUGAAAUUGCAGUUACCAUUUUCUCCUAUGGUUUUAUUGGAUUUUACCUAUCGUUUGGUAAGAAAUCAUUUCACGGAAUCAUCAAUUACGAUGGAUAUAUUGGAAAUAAAGAUGCCGAUCUCAGCGCUGCCGCAUUAGGUUUUUCCUCUUGCCUUCUUGGAACCGCCAUCACGUCAAGCAUGUUAGUAGCUCGGUUACAUCAAGUACCAAUGUUGAUCGUAACAUUCAUAUCGAGCGCUUUUUUGCUUCCUACUUUAAUGUGCUGGUGUUGGAGUGACUUUGGUUGGAUGAUGAAGCUAGCGAUAUUUGAUCAGAGAGUUGCCGUCAAAGAUUUUGGAGGCAAUCUAGUGAUUCAUGCGCCGAGUGCCGCUAUUGGACUACUGGGGGCUUUAUUUUUGGGAAGAAGAAUCAUGAAGCUGAAAGACAUCGACCGUUUUUCACUGGGCCAUGAAUAUACCAGCGGAAUCGUUACUGGAUACUUUCUUAUAAUUGCUGGCCAUAUUGGAUUUAACAUGCCUUCAAAUGCUUACGAAUCCAAGCACAUGUUAAAUGACUAUAUAAGUCGUGUGUCAAUCAACAGUUUAAUGGCCAUGGGAGCAGGCAUAUUAGUAGUGACUUUGAUUUUAGUGAUAUUAACAAGAGACAUCUAUAGGUACUGGAUAAUAGUGAAAUCUUUACAAGGUGGUUUGGCUGGUAUUGUAACGGUGGCCGCUGGCAUAGACAUUUACACACCUGGUGUGAACUUUGGAAUUGCUUGCGGAGGAGGAAUGAUUUUCUUCCUCUUCUCCAAUCUCAUCCAUUUCUCUGCCUUAGAGGAUUGCUGUAAUAUAAUUACCAUAUAUUUGAUUUGCGGCUCUGUGGGAUCACUCAUACCGCCUCUACUUGGCAGCGGAGAGAACUUGGGACUGACCGGGCCAGUCGGCAUCCAGUUCAUACAUUUGCUAUGGCAGUUUAUCUGUCUAAUUGUAAUACUUCUUAUGACAGUCAUCAUUUAUCUAUCGCUAUUCACAAUAUUAUUUGCAUCGGGUAUAUUGAAAAACACAUAUGAGGAAGCCAACCAUCAAAGAGCAAAAAUCCUGUAUGGUCGAUUACCAUGGAAGAAAUAUUUCGACAGACUAUUCAUGAUCAACGGCGCAAGUAAAGAGAUAUCACCAGAAAGUAACCGAAAUGAGAUGAACAAGACUUUUACUUCUGUCUAGAAUUAAGUGUUAAAAUAUAGACAUAUUUUUUUACAUGAAA